AUGGCGGCCUUGAGCAGAUUCAUCUCCGGACUCUCCGACAAAUAUCACGCCUUCUUCAGAACCCUCAAAAAUCCAAAGGACUUCCAGUGGACAGAAGAGUGCGAAUCCGCUCUCCAUAAGCUAAAGGCGCAUCUCACCACUCCUCCUCACCUAUCCAAGCCACUACUCGGUGCGGUCUUGCUGUUAUAUCUAGCAGUCUCGGAACACGCCGUAAGCGUCGUCCUAAUACGCGAGGAGGGAAGCAAGCAUCUACCAAUCUACUACGUAAGCAAGGCUCUCCUGGAUGCGGACACCCGCUAUUGCCAUCUAGAGAAACUGGCCUUAGCUCGUAAGCUACGACCCUACUUCCAGGCUCACCCAAUCGUGGCCGUCACCUCCUUCCCUAUAAAGUUGGUUCUCCACAAACCCAAAGUCUCCGAACGCCUAGCUAAAUGGGCUUUGGAAUUAGGGGAGUACGACGUAAUCUUUCGACCUGCCACAGCUUUAAAGUCACAGGUCCUAGCAGACUUCGUGGCUGAAUUCUCCCCAGCUUUACUCCCAGGUUUGGAGCAAGAAGUAUGCCUUCGAAGCGAAACCAAUGAAGAGGGAGAAUGGAUCCUGCACGUUGAUGGAUCCAGCAACGUUAGAGGAGCCGGAUUGGGAAUAGUGCUUACCUCGCUGACAGGGAACACGGCCUCAAGGGCCAUGAGAUGCAACUUCAAAGCAACCAACAACGAAAGCGAGUACGAGGCCCUAAUCGCAGGACUAACUCUCACCCAUCAAAUGGGGGCUGAAAAAAUCCAGGUCUUCGGCGACUCCCAGCUAAUAAUCAACCAAGUACAGGGAGAGUACCAAGCUAAAGACGACAGCAUGAUCCAAUAUCUGGCAGUCGCCCAGCGGCUGAUCAAGAAGUUCAAGAGUUGCAAGCUCACUCAAAUCCCCCGAAAACAAAACUCACAAGCCGAUGCCCUGGCUAAUUUGGGGUCCGCUCUCGAAACACACAGCCAGAUGAGCAUACCCUUGCUUGUGCUUCAAUGGCCAACCACCCUGGAGGAACCCCCGUCAGAGGAGGUCUCCGCUGUCGAAGAAGGCGAAACCUGGAUGACCCCCCUAGUCCGGUAUCUAGAGACUGACAUUCUCCCGGAAAAUAGUAACGAGGCCAGAAAAAUUAUGAAGCAAGCCGUAAGGUACUGUAUCUCUCAGAAGAAGCUAUACCGGAGAUCCUUCUCUCGCCCGUACCUAAGCGGUAGAAACCUAGUGCUCAGAGCCAGAAGGGCAGGUUACUACUGGCCCACGAUGGCCGCCGACGCCGACAUACAAACCAAACACUGCGACCAGUGUCAGAGGCACGCUCCAGUUUCUAAGCUUCCUCCGGAGAACCUCAAGUCCAUAAGUUCACCGUGGCCCUUCAGAAAGUGGGGCAUGGACAUAGUAGGGAAAUUUCCUAUGGUGCCGGGGCAGAAGUUCACGAGCCACAACUUCAAGGAGUUCUGCAAGGACUGGGGCAUAAAGCUCACCUUCGCCACACCCCAACACCCCCAGUCUAACGGACAAGCCGAGUCCACAAACACAACCAUGGUCAACAUGCUUAAAAAGCGACUAAAGGGCUCUCACGAGAAGUGGGCGGAAGAACUACACGGAUUCCUCUGGGCCUAUCGGACCACUUCCAAAACAGUGACAGGAGAAACUCGCUACUCGCUAGUCUACGGUUCUGAGGCCAUAAUACUCACAGAGAUGCUUGUGAGAACAACGGUCUCAGGGUCUACCUCUCAGAAGGAGAACACCGAGCUGAUGGCGCUGAGCCUCGACCUACUCAACGAAAAAAGAGAGGCCGUUUGGCAAAGAAACUGGUCCUACCAGCAAGACAUCACCAGGACGUACAACAAGAAAUUAUCUGCUGGGCAAGGUUUACCAACCACUCACUUGAAACCAGUAUGA